CAGACUAGUCACUGAUAUUCUGUGCUUCACCUUUCUCCUUUGGAAGAAUCAGGAUUAAUGUGGCUUCUCCAGGACUGUCCAAAUAAGCAAAACCACUGGAAAGAUGGAUCGGGAGAACUGGACAGUGGUGGCCGAGUUCCAUUUCUCAGAUUUCCCUCAGUUUGAGAAUGGCAGCCUGUUACUCUUCAUUCCCCUGCUCCUUAUUUACAUGUUCAUCGUUGUUGGAAAUUUCAUGAUCUUCUCUGCUGUCCGGCUGGACACCCGUCUCCACAACCCCAUGUACAAUUUCAUCAGCACCUUCUCCUUCCUGGAGAUCUGGUAUACCACGACCACAAUCCCCAAGAUGCUCUCCAACCUAGUCAGUGAGAAGAGGACCAUCUCUUUCAUCGGCUGCCUCCUGCAGAUGUAUUUUUUCCACUCUCUGGGGGUCACGGAAGCCCUAGUCCUCACGGUCAUGGCCAUUGACAGGUACGUUGCCAUCUGCAAUCCCCUCCGCUAUGCGAUCAUUAUGACCCCUCGACUCUGCCUCCAGCUCUGCAUGGGCUCUUGCGUCUUUGGCUUCCUUAUGCUGCUGCCAGAGAUUGUGUGGAUUUCUACUCUUCCCUUCUGUGGCCCCAACCAAAUCCAACAACUCUUUUGUGAUUUUGAGCCCGUGCUGCGCUUGGCCUGUACAGACACGUCCAUGAUUCUUGUCGAAGAUGUGAUCCAUGCCAUUUCCAUCCUGACUUCUGUUUGUAUCAUCAGCCUUUCCUAUUUAAGAAUCAUCACUGUGAUCCUGAGGAUUCCCUCAGGGGAGAGCCGUCAGAAGGCCUUCUCUACUUGCGCAGCCCACGUUACUAUUUUCUUGCUGUUUUUUGGCAGUGUGGCCCUCAUGUACCUGCGUUUCUCUGUCACAUUCCCACCACUGCUGGACAAGGCCACUGCACUGAUGUUUGCUGUGCUGGCCCCACUUUUCAACCCAAUAAUCUACAGUCUGCGGAACAAGGACAUGAAAGACGCCAUCAAGAAAGUUCUCCAUUUUCAAAAAAUAUUCAAUGUCUCUGGUAGCCAGUGAGA